GAAAGAUGUUUCCUUGUCGCAAAAUCCGGCGCUUUAAGAUGAUUACAUGAUGUUUUAGGACGAAGAAGUACUAAUUACAAAAAUGGAGAAAGGCGGUACCAGCAAUAGCCCAAGUUAUCAAACCAGGGGUGAAACAUUUCAGGUAAACCUUAUAGAUCACGAACUCUCCGAAGACACGGAUGCAGAGUCUGAAAUACAUGUCAUUGACGAUGUCGCACAUUUUAAAGAUACUGAAAAACAAGGAUUGGCUUUCAAGGAUGGACUAGAGGGUUAUGUUCUGUCCAUACGGACAGACAUAAGUGACACAGACAGUGUUUAUUUUAAGUUAAGUCAAGAUGAUGGAAGUGCAGAAUUAGUUAGUGAUUAUAAAAUUGUUUUGAAUUAUGGUAACGGCAAUAUGAUUAUUUACCAUAUACCAAACAUGAUAAUAGACAAUCUGCAACCUGGUCCAACAGUUGUCCAUAUAGACACAGGUAAAACAUACAAAUGUCGCGCUGGAGUGGUUCGAAGCCAUGACGAAGAAGAUGUAAUAGUUCACACCAACAUCCAAAAGUUACCUGAUGUCACCGUGUGUAAGAUAAUAUUUGGUGAUAGUUUAGAGGUACCUUGCUCUGAGAUAAGAAAAUAUCAAGACAUGGAAUAUAGCAGUUUAUUUGUGAAGACUGUUGACAUACCAAAUUCUGUCAACCUAUUGACACUUGAGCAGUGGAUGAAACAGCUUAACAUACCACAGCUUUGCGAUAAUCAAGACAACCACAGUUAUCAAUAUUCUGAUAAAUUUUCCGGUGAAAAAUUUUGGAUUAACCUUAUAAAUAAUGGGAACAACGAUGACAUAGAUUUGUUUAGUAACAAUAUGUUAAUAGAUAUCAAGAUGAAUGCCAGGAAUUUUGAAAUCAACGACAGAGAAUGUUUGGCUUUCAAAAGUGGAUCUCAUGCCUAUGUUUCUGCAAAGGCGAAAAUAUAUGCCAUAGACAACAUGUGCUUUAAGUUAUGUAACGAUGACGGAAGUGACGAAUUGAUUACUGAUCACAAAAUUGUUUUGAUUUGUGAUUCGCUAAAUAUGGUUAUUUACCAUAUCCCAAACAUGAUCAUAGACAAUCUAGAAACUGGUCCAACAAUUGUUCACAUUGACGCAGGUCAAGUAUAUAAAUACCGCGCUGGGGUUGUUCAAGGCCAAGACGAUGAACAUAUAAUAGUCCACACCUGCAUCCAAGAUUUACCUGAUGCGAGCAAGUGUACAAUCAUAUUUGACGAUAACUCAAUAGUGCCAUGUUGUGGAGUAACAAAACAUCAACAAUGUAGCAGUUUGCUGAUGAAGAUGGUUGAGAUACCAGCCUUAAUCAAUCUAUUGACGGUUGACCAGUGGAUGAACCAGUUUAACAUAACACAGGAGGAAGAUGGUAACAAAGAUAAUCCAAGUUAUCAACGGAUAUAUCAAACCACGGGUAAAACAUUUCAGGUAAACCUCAUAGAAAACAAACUCUCUGAAGGCACUGAUGCAAUGGCUGAACAGGAUGUGGUAAUAUGUGUCGUUGACGAUGCCGCAAAUUUUAACGAUACUGAAAAACAAGGCUUGGCUUUCAAACAUGGACUGGAGGGUUAUGUUCUCUCCAUACGGUCAGACAUAAGUGACACCGACAGUGUUUAUUUUAAGCUAAGUCAAGAUGAUGGAAGUUGUGAAUUAGUUAGUGAUUAUAAAAUUGUUUUGAAUUAUGGUAGCGGCAAUAUGAUUAUUUACCAUAUACCAAACAUGAUAAUAGAUGAACUGCAACCUGGUCCAACAGUUGUUCACAUAGAUACGGGUGCAACAUAUAAAUGUCGCGCUGGAUUGGUUCGAAGCCACGACGAGGAAAAUGUAAUAGUUCACACCAACAUCCAAAAGUUACCUGAUGCCACCAUGUGUAAGAUCAUAUUUGGUGAUAGUUUAGAGGUACCUUGCUCCGAGCAAAGAAAAUAUCGAGACAUGAAAUAUAGCAGUUUAAUUGUGAAGAGUGCUGAAAUACCAAAUUCUUUCAACCUUCUGACUCUUGAGCAGUGGAUGAAACAGCUUAACAUACCACAGAAUGUAUAG